GGUAAAAGGCAACAUUGUUAAAGAAGGAUAGACUUCCAUGGCGAAGAUUGGGGGAGUGCUACCGCUUUGCUGCAUUGCGCCCGCAGAGCUAGCGCCAGGGAAUCGAAUUCGGCAGCAAAAUGCGAUUGCUAAUCAGUCUCUUCGCGUGGAGCGGAGGAGCGUUUUGCUGGGAUCUGGGACGCUGCUGGCGUCUGGAGUGCUGCAAAUCUCAAACCCGGCAUUCGCAGACGUGAAGAUUGCGUUGAGGAAUGUGGAGGCGACUCGAAUUCCAUGCCCUGAGGGACAGACAACAGUGACUGGUGGAACGUCGUUCAAAGCAACGUGUUUUCGAGUGACCGGGGAAGCCACGAAUCCAGCUUCUCAGCCAGUUUACAAUGCUGACAUUUUUGGAAGAGUCUACGAUGCUCAAGGCGAACCAGCAUUAGAUACGACGGAGAACCUCCGGAUCGAUACGCUCGCCGAAAUACCUCCCGGCAAGAGCAAGGUCUCCUUCCAGAUCACAGUUAGCGAAGAACAAGCCAAGCUUGGGCCUCUAGAGCUCAAAAAUUUCAAAGCGACAGGCUACCUUGGCAAAGUAAAUAGCAAACAGGGAUCCGGUCGUCUGGAUGAUAUUGAUUUCAGCGAAUUGGACAGUGACUAAAAAGAACUUUGCAACGUUGUGUAAUUUGAUUGAUUUACAUCAAAACGUUAACAAAGAAACACACAAAAUGGUUGGC